AAGGUACACGGAUAUCCAUCAAGAUUUUCAUUAGUGUUUCAGAUAAUUAAUCCACAAGCCUCUGUAGCAGCAUAUCCAUGGAGGGUUACAGGAAACGAAAACAAGAAAGCCAAGAAAAUCCAAACAAGAACAUUGCACGUAAUUUCAACAGUGGUGUAUUUGAACAGGGUGAAUCGUCCAACAGAGAUCAAAUCAAUCCAAAGGAAGAGACUCCAAGACAUGUGUUGGCUUUAGGGAAUCAAACAUCUAUACUCAACCAAGUUGAGUUAGCAUUGUCUCAAGAAUCCCAGCAGAAUGGACAGAAAAAGUUACGCGUGCCUCCACAGCAUCGUAAACCACAUAGGAAGGCUACUAAUAUUCCUGCACUUUCACUGAAGAUCGGCAACUGGGAGUGGGAAGCCAUAAACGAGGGAGAUUUGGUAGCUAAAUUCUACUACGGAACGAAGAAACUGGUGUGGGAAGUUCUUUGCGGCUCCCUGAAAAAGAAGAUCGAAUUUCGAUGGUCGCAGAUAUCCGCCAUUAAUGCCUAUCUGGAUGGAAACCAAACCAGUCGUCUUGAUAUCAAGUUAAAAGAACCUCCAAGACUCUGUGAAGAGACUAUGUUGAACCCAAAAAUGCGUACCAAAUGGGAGAACAGCUCGAGUGAUUUUACUGGAGAUCAAACUCGCAUUUGCAGCCAACAUACUAUUAGAUUUGCACCGCGAGUACUGGAUUGUCAAUUCGCAAAACUUUUGGAGUGCGAUGAACGUCUAUCCAACUUAACAAAACAACCUUUUCCAUAUCAUAAUCAAUUUUUUUUCCAACACCAAACCCUUGAUUUCUCAUGUAAUAUAAGCAUCCACGCACUUGUUCCAAAUAAGGACCAAAAAGGAAUGAGUGUACCUUAUGCCCCAAUUCUUGCUCAACCAGUUAGUUCCUUUGUUGGACAUUCUAGCUAUAACUUACCAACUCCAGUUAUGAAGCUCCCAAGUUUGGAUCAAAAAGGAAACAGUCAGAUUCCAGAUAUUCCAUUGACCCACACCGAAGAGCUAGAUCAUAUUCUACCAAACCAUGAAACUGAUAAGAUGAAUGCUGCUGAAAAUAUAAACCAAGAAACAAACUUCAAAAGUGAUCCGACCCAUCAAAGCUAUGAGAUGAAGUCCGCCACUACGGUUAACCAGGGAACUGUUUUUGAGGAACACAAUUCCUUCUUACCUGUUGAAUCCAGAAAUGGAAUGGAUGACUCCUCUAAUCAAGGGAAUAAUCAUUUUGGAUAUGUAGAUGACCAGAUGCUUAGUGUGUGUGGGCCAUUCCCUUUCGAAGAACCAAAUUCUUGGUUACAUCCUGAAUUUAACCUGCAUGAAUUCAGCAAUGGUGCAUGUAAUGGUGUGAAUCACAUAGGACUUUCAGAUGAUGAUGAUGGAAUAUAUGUAAACUCUCUCUGGGAUUAAGUUAGAUUGUAGAAUUGGUGCUUGCUUCUUUGGGAUUAACUUCACAUAUUGUUAUUAGCUUUUAACUUUUUUUGUUUUCAUUAAUGGAAUUUA